CGCAAAUUGUGAAUGGUCAAACGCACACAAAGCCAACAAUCUUUUUGUGCUGGGAAAACAGUUUUAAAAACAUAAGUAAUUUGCAAAUGGAGCCAAACGAUGAGGUUGUGGAGCGCCAAAAACUGGUGCCAAACGAUGUGGAGACCGAGGAGGAAGCAAAAUCAGCACAAACACCUGCCACGCCCGUUGCCGUGCCAAAGAUUAAUAUCAAAGGCAUUUCCAGCGGCGAAACAACGCGUAGCCGCAACUCUGCCUCCUGCUCAAUCGAGCGCACCAUAUCAGAGAAGGGCCAGGGUCAACAGCAACCGCCUUCCGCCAAAACCACGGUGCAGUACGUCAACGAGCGCCGGCCACGCCCGCACGCCCCCAGCAGCAAUGCGGCUGGCGAGGAGCGCUUCGAAUUCAAAACACGUCCACGCAAAUUGCUUAAAGAUGGCAACCGUCAGCUGGAGCCAACGCACAGCAGCGAGCAAAGCUUGAACAGCAUAACGCUGGUCAGCAGCGAGUGGCUAGCCCCCGAUACCAACAACACCAUCCCCAACAACAACAACAACAACAACAAUGAUAGCACAAAAUCAAACAACAACACAAAUACAAAGCCGCCGCCGCCGCAGAUGCCAAUCCCAAUGGCAGACGCGAGCGUCCACAGCGACAAGUUUGACGAUCGUCCUAUUAAACAUCAUUCCUUUGUCUCUGAAGUGCCCGAUGUGAAGCAUAUGGAGCGUGCGCUGCUCGGACUACUCGAUGACUUUCAUUCCGGCAAACUGAAGGCAUUUGGUAUGCAUUUUGUAUAUACAUUUAAAUGGCAUUUAAUUCAAAUCAAUUCCAACGCAGGCUCUGGCUGCACCAUGGACCAGAUGACCAAGAUACGCGAACAGCAGGAAAGUUUGGCUAAAUUGCAUUUUGAGCUGGCCGCCGCCGAGGAGGAUUCACUGGAGCAUGGCAACGAGUUCAAUACGAGUCGCGCGCAGGAGAACAUGCUGCAGCUGAUGCAGCGCCUCGAACAGCUGUCCAUCUCCAUUGAGCAGCUGCAGACGAGCCAUACGGGCCUCUGAGAUUUGGCCAAGCUGCAGCCAGCAUCCACACUGUACGAUCGACUGCUGCUGCUGCUCUGAUCCGGCACUGGGCAGUAUACGAUGAACCAGCUGCUAGGGCCCAGCACUUUGUGUACAUAAGUUAUACGUUUAAUUUGUACGAUUUUUGAUAAGCUUCCAAUUUCUACAUAAACUAGUUAAGCAGUGAUUGUGAAUUAUUUUAGUGUUACAAUUUUGCUAGACAAAUGAAUUAAGUGCACAUUGCUUAUAUAGAAACAUAUAUUUUACAUGUAGCAUAGUGUAGUCGCAUAGUUUACUACUCUUUGACGGUGCCAACACACGGAUGCACUACAAUAGUUUUUUUCCACUGACAAGCUUCGAUUUUACUGAAAUCUGUUCAAUUAAUUAUUGUUUUGUUAUAGUUAUUUGCAAUAUAAACAAACGAAAAAGCAUUAAAAGU